AUGGCGCGGAAAGAUUUCCAUCACCCGUUCGAGCCAUAUGAGAUUCAACAGCAGUUCAUGGAAGCAGUCUACAACUGCAUCGAAGACGGCAAAGUCGGUAUCUUUGAAUCGCCAACGGGCACAGGCAAAUCUUUGAGUUUGAUUUGUGGGUCGUUGACAUGGCUACGCGAGCACAAGCGGCGAGCGUUCGAUGAGGCUAUGGCAGCCAUCGAACUCGAGGAAGAUGAUCCAGAAUGGAUGAAAGAACACGCAAGGCGGGCGCGAAGCCGGCAGAUCAGACAAUUAAGGGAAGAUUUUGAAGCACGACUCGACGCCAUUCGGGAGCGCGAGCAGAAGGUCCGAGAGCGGUAUACCAAUGGAGAGCCCGCUUUCAAAAGGCAGAAGCACUCGGGAGAGACUUCGGAGAAGGAAGACGACGAAGACCAAUUCGUUCUAGAUGAUUAUCAAAGCGAAGAUGAGCAGACGGCAAAUCCCAAAACACAGUAUUCAGCGGACACCGCGAAACUUAUGGAGAAGCUGGGUCUACUUCUCCCAAAAGACAGUGGUCACAGUCAAGACGAGCAAAUUGAAGAGACAAAGAUAUAUUUCUGUUCUAGGACGCACUCUCAGCUCUCGCAAUUCGUGGGCGAACUUCAGAGAGUCAAACUUCCACCUGGGCUUCCGCCUGAGAACGCGAAGCUGGGGGACGCCACCCCUGGGAAUGAACCAACUGAGGCCUUGAAGCACAUGACACUCGGAUCGCGCAAGAACCUAUGCAUUCAUCCGAGAGUGAACAAGUUAUCGAGCCAAGUUGCCAUCAAUGAGCGGUGCAUCGAGCUACAGCAAUCAAAUACUCCUGCGGAUAAGAAAUGCCAAUUUCUGCCAAACAAGGACUCAGAAGAUCAAGUUCUCGAUUUUCGAGAUCAUGCGUUGGCCAAGAUCCGAGACAUUGAAGAUCUUGCGAAGCUUGGAUCAAAGUUACAAAUCUGUCCGUACUAUGCAUCAAGACCUGGGAUUGGGUCCGCCGAGAUUGUCACUCUUCCAUACCCGCUGCUUCUGCAGAAAGCGGCCCGAGAAGCACUGGGAAUAUCUCUCAAGGGCCAUGCCAUCGUAAUCGACGAAGCUCACAAUUUAAUGAACGCCGUCGAAAGUAUCUACUCAGUCCAGAUCUCAGAGUUGCAGCUUCGGCGAGCCAAGGACGGACUUAUUGUGUAUCUCCAGAACUUCCGCAAUCGGUUAAAAGGGAGCAAUCGGAGUUAUGUUACUCAGGUCGUUCGGGUCAUUGAUUCAUUGGUCGGGUUUGUCAACGACGUGAAAGGGCAAAGUGGCGCCGGCGCAACAGCUCUACCAAGCGCACUUCUUGCUGGAAAAGCCGUCGACCAAAUCAAUUUGGCAAAGCUUGUGCGCUACAUCAACGAAAGCAAGCUGGCAAGAAAAGUCGAGGGCUACGCUUCAUACCUGCAACAAGAACACUCAAACGAACCAAGCGCCAAACCUGCCCGGGCGGCCGCAACCCCGGACGUGCCCACUCUUACACACGUCCAAAACUUUCUCCUGGCGUUAAUGAACCCGUCUAGGGAAGGCCGAUUCAUGUGGUCGAAAGCAAAUGAUACUGUGACGCUACAGUACCUGCUGCUGGAUCCAUCUGAACAUUUCCGGGACAUUGUGGAAGAAGCGCGUGCUGUCGUUCUUGCUGGAGGCACUAUGUCUCCGAUGGAGGACUAUAAGCAGCAGCUGUUCCCAUACCUGGACUCAAUUGUGACUUUCUCUUGUGGUCACCUCAUUCCGCCCAGCAGCUUGUUCGUUCGCGCCGUGUCUUCAGACGUCGAUGGACUGCUGGACUUCAGCUUCCAGGGGAGGAACCACGGAAGUGCAUUGAGAUUGGGCCGAGCGAUCCAUCAGAUCGCAGACAAAGUCGAAGGCGGCACGGUAGUCUUUUUCCCGAGCUAUGGAUAUCUAGAGGCUGUCAUCAAGACCUGGAAAGAGGAGUCGAUCAUGUCACAACUCGACAAAGCAAAUGCUGUGUUCUUCGACAGCCGCGCCGUGCCUGCCGAAGACACAUUUAGGGCAUACAGCGAAGCUGUCCGAUCUGACAAGCGAGGAGCGUUACUGCUGUCAGUCAUUGGAGGCAAGCUUUCGGAGGGCAUCAAUUUCAGUGACGAUCUAGGUCGCUGCGUCGUUGUUGUUGGCCUGCCCUACCCCAACCUGGAAACGCCAGAAUGGAAGGCGAAAACGCAGUACCUGGACCAAAGGGCAGCAGAAAGGGGCGCGUCGAGGGGGAAGGCAAGCAGAGAGCAUGCGGAGAACGUCUGUAUGAGAAGCGUCAAUCAAGCUAUUGGAAGGGCGAUUCGCCACAAGAACGACUGGGCUAGUAUUCUGCUAUUCGAUGCAAGAUAUUCCAAGGCUCGCAUACGUAGCAAGUUGCCUGGCUGGAUCAAGGCGAGCUCAAAGAUGGGAGCUUCUGGGCUACUGAAGGAUGUGGUUGAAGACUUGGGGUCUUUCUUUGAUGGCAAGCUUGUGUGA